AUCUCCAAACGCAGCAGAGCCCCUCGCGCCGCCGGCCUCUUCAGCCUUGCAGCACACCGCCGCCAGCCCGAGUGACCGCUGCAGCCUAGGUUUCCGGCGCCGAUGGCGGGUAAGGGAGGGAAGGGUCUGCUGGCGGCCAAGACGACGGCGGCCAAGAGCACCGACAAGGACAAGGACAGGAAGAAGGCCCCCGUGUCGCGCUCUUCCCGCGCCGGCCUCCAGUUCCCGGUGGGUCGCAUCCACCGCCAGCUCAAGUCGCGUGCCUCUGCGCACGGCCGCGUCGGCGCCACCGCCGCCGUCUAUUCCGCCGCCAUCCUCGAGUACCUCACCGCCGAGGUCCUCGAGCUGGCCGGCAACGCCAGCAAGGACCUCAAGGUCAAGCGCAUCACCCCGCGCCACCUGCAGCUCGCCAUCCGCGGGGACGAGGAGCUCGACACCCUCAUCAAGGGCACCAUCGCCGGGGGCGGCGUCAUCCCGCACAUCCACAAGUCGCUCAUCAACAAGACCGCCAAGGAGUGAAUCAAGGCCGUGCUGCUGCUUCUGCCUGACUACAGUCCCAUCUCGUUCUGUACUUGUGCAAUCUGAGUUUAAGUGCAUGUUGGCACAGUUCUAGUAAACUCAUCCUGUUCACCUAUGCUUCUAUCUUGUUAAUUUAAGCUCUAUUCCGCGAGCUUUUUGGAUUGCUGGUAUCGUGAUUAACGGGUUCGUAAAAUUAGUACGUCGAACCUUGCAAUUGAAUCCGAUUGUUUGGUUC